AUCCUCAGCAAGUUGCAAAACUGGUCCACGCUCUACACCUGACAGGAUGGGUGAGGCCAGGAGAGGCCACCACCGCCUGCCCUGUAGGAACGGUGAUUGCUGACCUGCUUGGAGAAGAUCGAAGACCUCCCUCCCCUCCCCCGCUCCCCCCCCCAGAGUCGCCUGCCAGUACAAUGAAGGAAGUGGUGUAUUGGUCGCCCAAGAAGGUGACAGACUGGCUGAUGGAGAAUGCUAUGCCAGAAUACUGUGAGCCUCUAGAGCAUUUCACCGGCCAAGACCUGAUUGAUCUAAGUCCAGAGGAUUUCAAGAAGCCCCCUUUGUCGCGGGUCACCUCUGACAAUGGGCAGCGGCUGUUGGACAUGAUAGAAACGUUAAAGAUGGAGCACCAUAUCGAGGCACAUAAAAACGGGCAUGCCAAUGGACACCUCAGCAUUGGCACCAACAUCCCCUCCGGUGACGGUGGCUUCAGCGGUCAUGCGAAACCCAAUGGAAUGCCAAACGGAUUUAGGAAGGAGAUGAUCAAGAUCCCCAUGCCAGAGCCGGAGCGCUCCCAGUACCCUAUGGAGUGGGGGAAGACCCUUCUGGCUUUCCUUUAUGCACUUUGCUGCUUCGUCCUCACCACAGUGAUGAUCUCGGUCGUCCAUGAACGCGUGCCUCCCAAGGAGGUGCAGCCUCCCCUUCCGGACACGUUUUUUGACCAUUUUAACCGGGUGCAGUGGGCGUUUUCUAUUUGUGAAAUUAACGGCAUGAUCCUCGUAGGACUCUGGUUAAUUCAGUGGCUGCUCUUAAAAUACAAGUCUAUUAUUAGCAGAAGAUUUUUCUGCAUAGUUGGCACGCUCUACCUAUAUCGGUGUAUUACAAUGUAUGUAACUACACUCCCAGUACCUGGCAUGCAUUUCAACUGUUCUCCAAAGCUAUUUGGAGACUGGGAGGCCCAGCUGAGGAGGAUAAUGAAGAUGAUUGCUGGAGGGGGUCUGUCCAUCACAGGAUCCCACAAUAUGUGUGGGGACUAUCUCUACAGUGGUCAUACUGUCAUGUUAACCCUGACCUACUUAUUUAUCAAAGAGUAUUCACCUCGGAGACUCUGGUGGUAUCACUGGAUUUGCUGGAUUCUCAGCGUGGUUGGAAUCUUCUGUAUCCUCCUAGCUCAUGACCACUACACUGUGGACGUGGUGGUGGCUUAUUACAUCACUACAAGACUCUUCUGGUGGUACCACACAAUGGCCAAUCAGCAAGUGCUAAAAGACGCUUCCCAAACGAACCUCCUGGCCAGGGUAUGGUGGUACAGGCCCUUUCGGUACUUUGAAAAGAACGUCCAGGGCAUCGUACCUCGCUCGUACCACUGGCCGUUCCCCUGGCCUGCCGUCCACCUCAGUAGGCAGGUAAAAUACAGCCGCUUGGUGAGCGACACAUAACGGCUGUUCAAGAGGAACUGUCCAAAGUGCUAAUAACUCUGCGAGGAGAUGCCAUACGAUGAAAGCCUUCCUAGCCCUUUUAUCUUUGAAUAGUUACCUUGACUUAACCGAUUCAGUUACCUGGUCAGCACUGUGAUCUUUAUUUUUCUCCAAAGGACCUGCGUUGGACAACAAUAAAGAAAAUUGAACUUAUCAUGCACUGUAUCCAUUUGUUGUUAAUAGAUUUGGGAUUUUCAUGACCCAUGGCCAUGUUCCUUUGGAUAUGAGGCGACAGAAUAAACGUGAGCUUUUGUAAAUCAUAAGUUCUGGUCUUUCCAGUCACGUCUGGGAAUAAAGCGUAUUAUUUUCUUGGGAAAACAUACUUUUCAUAUCUCUUGCCCCAAAGAUUGGGCUGAAAGCCAUUUUCUAGCAAAUGUCUAUAUGAAGGUUUCUAAGUACCUGAAUGGGAUUCAAUUCAGAAAUCUUUCUACCUAUUGCACCAAUGUUGAAAUAAAAUGAUAGACACAGAAAGGUUUGGUAACUUUUGAUUUUGUAAAAUCAAAUAGUGACAGUGUCAAAAAGUGCAAAAAAAAUUAUAUAUAUAUAUAUAUAUUCUGUUGUAAAGUGAUUUUUCUAAGUAUUUCCUAACUUUAUUUUUCAAAAUGAUGUGUAUGAAACAAAAUUUAAAGAUUUUUAUGAGUCAGAGAGGAGAGGUAAAAUAAAAAGUGCUUCUCGGGAGAGAGAUUUGUCUAUGUUUCUAGUGCCUUUCUCGUCUUGAUUGUAUGGUCUGUAGGCGUCUUCAAUGUCUUUAUUUAAAACACAGUAUUCCAGGAAAUGAGCAUUCUAUGUAUACAUGACUACAUUUUGCAUUUAUAGCUCAAUUAAACCAGAAAUUUGCCUACCGUAUUAAAAUUGUGAUGACUUAAGGGAAGGGGGAACCAAAUAGAGAGAAGAGAUUGUCUUUUCAUCCCUGUAGCCAGUUGACAAUGACACGCUCUCAAUGAUCUAUGUGGCGUGUUUGGGAUCUGGAUUUUACUCUACCGUGAAAACAGCCAUCGGUACCCUUUUUUAAUUUUUUUUUUUUUUUUUUUGCUAAUGAUCACUUAAAACUUGAUCACGUUGAAAAAAUUAUCCAUAGUCAUGACUGUUUUGUUGGCAAAUGACAAGAAAAAAAUCUAUUUCUUUAGAAAUAUAUUUCUGCAAAAACUGCAUGGGACUUUUAAGUUUCAUUCCUACCAUACAUGUGUUUGGGGAAGAAUUCUAAACCUAUAUUUGCCAAUGGGCAGGACAAAAUAGUUUUUUAAGAAUGAAGAAAUAUAUAUAAAGAUAGAUAUAUAUAUAUACAUACAUACGUAUAUAUAUAUAUCCAUUCUGUAUUUUAUGUGCCGCAGAGUUAUCUUCUGUAGGGGUUUUUGUGUAUUCACAAGGUGAUCUUUGUAUUGUAAAACAAUAAUGGUGAAGGAAAAUAAAAAGGCUUUUAAAAAAUGA